AUGCGCCAUCCCAUUUCGGUUACUCGUGAUCGCACUCCUUGUGAGCGUGAAGCAAUUCGUCGCAUAUACACUGAUUUGGAAAAUCGUAAAAAGAACGGUGAAUCUGACUUAGUAAUCAAAUACAGAGAUGGACUCCCCUAUAUUGUACCGGCCCGCAGAUUAUCCCAGGACAGACGCCAUCAAACAUCGAACUCGGCCUUUACCCAAUCAAAAAACUAG